CCUUUCUUGACAACUUUUGAGCAACACAUUGGUAUAAAAUCGAUAUCCAAACCAUCAAAAAGUUCGUUGUUUCAUCUAAAAAAUAAUAAUCAAAGCAGAUUUUAUUAAAACGGCUCCCAAAUGAACAGUCCUCACUCGUUUUACGUGUCCACGAAAUCUGAUCAGCGGCUAUAUUUAUCGGGGUAGGAACUUCACACGCGAAGUAUACUGAAACUCUUUUUAUUCUACGUGUAAUGUUUGGAAAAAAUAUUUAAAUGAGAUUGUUGAAAUGAAAACAAACAAACAAACAUGUUUUGAGCAUUUGUCUAGAAAAAACGACUCUAGAGAGCGAGCAACUUUUUUUAAUUUUUGUGGCAACUUUUGGAUAUAUCAGCAACUUUAGAGCAACUUUUGGCUAUAUUUUAAGCAACUUUUCCCAAAUUUACUAGCACAAUCUAAACAUGCCUAAUGACGACAGCGGUGUUAGAGAUGUCUCUGUAGGGACUUCCGUACACCCAAAUGACACUAUUACUUUUAUCCUCAGCAAAAGGGUUACGCUUUUCUGCCCUGUUGUUUACUAUCUCUUGAUUUUUUUUUUUGCCCUUUCGUGCCCUAGUCACUUUUAGUUUGCAAUUUUACACCAAUUUCAGAUAGAUCAUACUCGGAUAGUCCGUAGGUAUCAAAUAAAUAAGCAAAUAAGCGCAAAUAAAAAACAAACACGAUUUAAAUCCCUAUAGCAUUUUCUUUAAUGUACCUCUAAAAGUCCACACCGCGUUCAGAGAUAAGUAUUGAGCCAUUUCUACCCUAACCAUGACCACUGCACGUAAUGAUACAUUGAUCCUCGGUACAACCUUAAAUGAAAUAGGUGUAUAAAUGAGGAUGAACUUCAUUAGCAUUGUAGUCAGUCAUCAGUCCUUAAUCCUGUCAAAUCGUGUAGUCAUACAUAAAAAAUAUUGAUAAUUAUUUCUAGCUGAUUUAAUAAAUGAUCAAUUAUAUAUUCAGAAUUUCAGAAGUGUUAUUGUUUUCAAUUUACGUAUGUAAAUUUGAAUUUAUAUGUAUAUUUGCAGAUUCGAAUGAGAUUUUUGAGGAAUUAUGCUGUGAGUUUAAGUUUUAAAACGUUUAACCUGAAGAAGGCACGUAUUGGCCUGCCUAAAUAUCGUUCUAAAUAAAUCUGCGUUGUUGUCGACUUUUUCUUUUAAAGGUUUUAUUAUUUUUUAUUUGUUUUCUUAUGGCGCGAAUCGAAGCCCUUAUUUUUCUAUGUUUGACUUUGACUCAAUGCUUUUUCGCUCAACCUCAUUGCGUGACUCUGAUCUAUUUAUUGUUAUCUCUCAAGACGUAGUUCUAAGUAAUUCCUUUUCUCUCGCGUCACCUGAUUUUUUUUUUUCAACUGCAUUGCGCGACUUUUUUUCUCCCAAGUCCAUUACGUUUGUAUACGUCCUUCUUGUGGAAUCGCAACUCGGACUCCAUAGUAUAACGGUGCGGAACUAAAGUUAAUAAAAGAAAGAAGGCUAGCUAAAACGUCAAAUUAUCGCAUUGUCAUAGAACCAUGAGCUGUUUAAACUUAGCCCACUUAGGGAAAUGAUAGUCGAGCGCUUUGAAUUUUAAAGCCACAUCUAUAAACGACUUAUGAUUUGGAAUAUUUGAAGAAAAAAUAAGAAAUCGUAAGUUGUAAACUAACUCUUGAAACUUGAAGCGCUUAAUGCGAAUUGAAGAACAAUAUGAAACACUGACUUUAGUUUGUAAAUUAGGACAAACAUCAAAUCUUGAAAAGGCUUCGAAGGCUGAUGCAUUUUACGAUGUGAAACCGACUUGAUCUGUUUUAAUUUCUAAAGUCACAAAACAAACCAAACCAAUUAUUAAGCCAGACUCUGUAUCACGUGUACAGCGGUUGUCACGCGGUCACACAACACCCACCCGCCAUCCUCGGUCAUGCGUGUAGUGUCAGUCUUCUUAGGGCCAUGUUGAAAGUCACUCUUUUAUGCUGUCUCGACUUUUGGCUUGCCAGUCGCUUCCAUUCACUCCACAUGAACGACUCACACGAUCCGAGGACCGACUCCAAACCGUGCAGAAAACGCAUACAAGAUGACCAAGUGUGUGUUGUGUGCGGAGACCAAUCGACCGGUAAACACUAUGGCGUCUUCGCGUGUGAUGGAUGCAGCGGAUUCUUUAAGCGCACCUCUAGACGUCUCGAGCCAUGGGUUUGCAAGGCGCAGAACGCAUGCUCAGUGAAGACGACCAGUAGAAACGAGUGUAAGGCAUGCCGGAUGAAGAAAUGUGUCGAAGUCGGUAUGAAGUUCGAUGGAAAGAGAGGCAGAAAGUCUUUCAUAACGGAUGAAGAAUUAGUUGCUGAACGCCUCGCCAUCAACGAGGAUCGCCUAGUCAACGUGACAGUUGCUGACGUCAGGUCUCUCACCGUUCCUAAUAGACCGGCACCGGUGUCCCCAAGCACCGUGGUUAUUAAGUGCGAAGAAGACGAAAAUUCGCCAAUGGAAACGCUGCAGGCGCUCAAACAACGAGUGGAACAACAAGCAAACGAGCACUCAAACUUCCCCUUGAACACACAUACACCGUUAAACUCUCACACGCAACUGAAUCAACAAGGUAUAAAGCACUCUGACUUUCAUGUUAGCACACAAACGCCUCUUCAUCAGCAGGCAACCGAGGACUCGAACUAUCCUUCGGGUACAGACUUUGACACGAUAAAUCCCAGCAAUUUCAGCUCAACUAUAAGCGAGUCAUCACAUAGUGCUUCUCCUUACGAGGAGCUAUCGACUCCAAAUAGACCGACAAUAUCUUAUGUCCAACAAGUGUCGAGCAGUAAGCGAGGGGAGGCCACCGUGUUCACUCCUAUGGGGCAAGUAGCAGGGGAGAGCCGUCCGAUAACCCGUCACCCGGACACCACAACAGAUACUCGGCAUCACUCGUCGCCACAAACACAGCAGCUCAUGGACAACCAACACACACCUCAUUUUGUCUUCCCUGUGCCCUCCCCGAACAGUCGAAUUUGCGUUGUUGCUGAGCUGGCUAAGGCGGUGGAACCAAUCCACUUUAUUGUAUCAGAGAAUAUCCAAGACGCCGCGACGAGAUUGCUCUCCGCUUCCAUCCGCUUCGCUCGUAACGUUCCAUGUUUCACAAGGCUUCCAUUCAGAGAUCAGAUCAUCCUGUUAGAGGAGGGCUGGAAGGAGCUGUUCCUACUGGACGCGGCGUACUGGGCACUACCCUUAGAGAUAGCUUCCCUUCUAGCCGUGACUGGUGGUUGCCAUAGUGACUCCUAUCGGCAUAAGGCGAGUGAGAUCAAGCUGUUGCAGGAGCUGUUAGCGCGUCUUCGCUCAUUUCAGAUGGACUUGAAUGAGCUUGCAUGCCUCAAGGCGAUUGUGUUAUUCAGACCAGAGACCAAAGGCCUAAAAGACUCCGACCAAGUCGACAAAAUCCAAGACCACAUCCAGCUUCUUCUUGCCCAUCACACGAUGACAAAACACCCCACCCACCCCUCCAGGUUCGGCAAGCUGCUACUGAGCAUAUCCCCCUUGCACAGUCUGGCUGAGAAACCCAUCGAGGAGGUUUUGUUUAGGAAAACAGACGAUAAAGACAUCUUUGAGAGCGUGCUUUCACAGCUCAUGGACAACAGUUGUUAACGAGACGGAGUCCCUAAUGCUUACUAAAUUCCAUGCCAUUACAUAAUCGUGCCAAACUGCAUUCCACCGCCA